CCUCGCUUUACCUAUAAAUACAAGCGUGGAGUGGAUCUGAAUUUUCACGAAAAUAGUUGGGCAUUUGAGCGUAUAUUUAUAUGUAGAAAGAACAGGUUAAACAACGGCACCUUUCCGCGUAAAAUUUAGCCGGCGACUGAAAAUUUUUUGUUUUGUUGGUGGUCACUAUUAUAAAAUUCUUUCGUUUUAAUUUGCGCCGUGAAUAUGAAAUUAUUGUUUGUGUGGUUUGCUUGUUUACUGGCGCCGUUUGCUCAGCAUAUCCACUGUCAGCCAGCAUUACCGCUGGGGAAAUUUAUUUAUUUACCAAAUAAUUUUCCCAUCAUUCUCCCUCCUGCGCCGGCGGCACUUUCUACCAUUCCAGUGGAUAUUCCAGGUUUAUCCAGGAAAUUAGCCGACAACGGCGCCCCAGCAGAUGUUGCGUUUGAGAUGUCUUGCGCGGGCGCAAGAUCCAAUGCCAAGCUCAACUGUCCGUGUUCCGGUGUGGGACAACCCUGCGCUGAUCCAUUGUCUGUCUGCAGUAGCACCAAAAAAUGUAUCUGCGACAGCUCCGUGGGAUUUCCGGACUCAACAGGGACGAAAUGUCAAGCGUAUGCUACUUAUGCUCCGCCUUGCGCAACAAAGUGCCCGGUGUGUCCACCCGUAACAACGUGUCCGGUGACAACCUGUCCAACUACAACUUGUCCUGCGACAACUUGUCCAACCACAAAAUUGACCACCUCACCAACGACAUGUCCAGCCUGCCCUACGACCACCACGACUACGACCAUGUCAACUACUACCACAACUACUCCGACAACAACGACAACGACAACGACGGCGCCACCCAGUCCGAAGUGCGCCGCGGCGGGUGUCACGCGAUCUCCUGCGGUUGCAUUUCCACCUAACUCUGUUAUUACCCCUUGUGGGAAGUGUAUUUUCCUUGAUGCUGCCAGUACAUCAAACACGUUCACUGUCCAGACACAGGGGAGCUACGUCGCCUAUUGUACCUGGAUCAUCAUAGCUCCGCCAGGGACUGCUAUAACGAUAUCUUCCACCAACUUUGCCUUCCAGGAUUGCUCUACGGCAUUUGUAUAUCUUAAUAACAAGCAGUACUGCGGGACCGGUACGGACAAGUGGCCGUCGUCGGGGUCUGUCACUUCAACGGUCAAUAUCCUGGGAAUCGGAAUGUCAGCUGUAUCUUCUGUCAUGGGUAGUGCUACCUUUACGGUUACUUACGCUUAAUAAGAUUGCCGCAUUGGCUGCCGACUGCGGAUGAGCACUAGGCCACCGUCAAGUCAGUUAGGAUGCUUUAGUUUAAAGAUGUUCUUUUCCGUGUUUUGAUACGAGUGUUUUCAUGAAGUCUCUAAAGAAGCAUUUUCAAGAAGUACAUUUUUGCCACAAAACCUGUACGCGAGCCAGUAAUAAUGUUUGGCUGAGAUGAA